CUUUUUUUCCGGCCAGUGUUGAAAAGACGCAAACACGUUGCGUUCAAGUGACAGUGUUUGUAUUGUUGAAAGUUUGGCGUGUGACUUGAUAUUCCAUUUUAAAGGACCAGUCGAUACAGCCAAGAUGACGCUGGAACAGCCAACUGGGGAGAUGUGGCAGAAGAUCAGGGAGGAGUUGAACGAGAAUGCCGACACCAAAGACGCAGACUUGGCUCACAUCAAGGAGUGGUUGAAGAAGGAGCCACAUCUGCCUGAUGAAUGGGAUGACCAGCGUAUCAUGACCUUCCUCCGGGGUUGCAAAUUCUCCCUGGAGAAGACCAAGCGUAAGCUGGACAUGUACUUCACCAUGAGAACAGCUGUGCCGGAAUUCUUCACAGACCGUGAUGUCAAGCGGCCUGAACUACAGGAAAUUCUUAAUAUGGUGCAAAUGCCUCCGCUUCCUGGACUAACACCAGAUGGGCGUCGUGUUAUCAUCAUGAGAGGUCUCGACAAAGACGUCCAGACCCCAAAUGUGGCUGACGCGUUCAAGCUGGCCCUCAUGAUGGGCGAUGUGAGACUGGCUGAGGAGAAGGAGGGAGUUGCUGGAGAUGUGUACAUCCUGGACGCUUCCGUCGCCACCCCCACUCAUUUCUCGAAGUUCACACCGACAUUGGUGAAGAAAUUCCUAGUCUGUGUACAGGAGGCCUAUCCAGUCAAACUAAAGGCUGUGCACGUCAUCAACAUCUCACCUCUGGUUGACAAGAUCGUCAACUUCGUUAAACCUUUCAUCAAGGACAAGAUCAAAGAAAGAAUCUUCCUCCAUUCCGACUCCAGUGAGUUGUACAAAUACGUGCCCAAGGAAAUGUUACCCAAUGAAUAUGGUGGCAACGCCGGCAGCAUGGCUGAUUUACAUAGUGCGUGGGUCAAGAAAAUGGACGAGUACACAGACUGGUUCAAACAACAGGAAGACGUGAAAGCCAACGAAGCCCUGAGACCGGGCAAACCGACCAAUUACGAUGAACUCUUCGGAAUCGACGGCUCCUUCCGUCAGUUGGUCAUAGAUUGAUUCUUCUCAAUUGAGUUGGUUUAUUUCAUCAAGAUUCUCAUUAUUUUAUAGGUUAACUGCUUUCUCUAUCGCUUUUUCAGUUACCACUUUUAUGUACCAAAUGUUGUCGUCAACCAAAGGUCUUGCUCAAUUAGGUGUGUUGAUAUUAAGACGUUUGAAUCUAUUGGUUUUGUUAAGCAUUUGAU